CACACACCUACUAUAUAACAUGAGAAAAGUCAGCUAGGAUCACUGAAAUGUUACCAUGAAGCUAGCUACCAUCUUCACCACUGUCACUUUACUGACAGUUCUCUCUUGUCUACCUAACAACCUGGCCACCUGCCACACAUUAACUAACAAGAUUCAAAAUUUACAUCCCAUUGAAAUAACACGAAACGAAAAUCCGAUUUUGAAACCAGAGGCUCCAGAAUUGAUCGAAGACCGUAAGAAGCUGAAUGUUCUCAUACUAACUCUGGAAGCACCAGGCCAUAUAUACGUACCACUAGCUCUAGCAGAGGAACUAAUAAGAAGGGGUCACAAGGUCACCAUCUCCACUUCCGGUAACAAGUCCCAAGAAGCUGUAGAGAAAGUUGGAGUCGCUUUCAAAAGCAAUGGACCUGGGAACAACAUGGUUGAAAAAAUACAGAAGCAAAAAGACCAGACCAUCACAACAUUUUUAAUUAAAAUGAUUCCAGAAAUGAGUAGAGUUUUUGCAUUGGAAAUGAAUCAAUUCACAGACAUGAUCUUAGCUGAAACCAAAGCUGGAACUAAAUGGGACAUUAUAAUGAGCACAGAUUUCUUAAUGACCCUUCUACCCUGCCUUGCAGCUCAUCUGAAUAUCCCAGCUAUUAUGCUUGGCACUACAAUGCAAAUGUACCCUCACACCUACCCCGCCUGGCCCUGGCCUAGUUCAAUGACAGGGGGAACAAAUGACGACAUGACGUUCCUGCGAAGAUUCGGACAUGCUAUUGAACGAAUAGUGGCACCAACACUCUUCUCGUUCCUGUUUUAUUCACCAGCAAAAUCAACAAUUGCAAAGGUCUGUCCUGAGUUGACCACGGCUCAAAUAGUCAAUGCCCCAGCUGUGUACAUACCUAAUAUUGUACCGACAGUUAUUGGAUUCGAGUUCCCACGAACAAUGACCCCCCUCACACACUAUGUAGGACCAGUGCAAAGCGAAUAUCCAGCAUCUUUGUCACCAGAAUUAGAGGCAUGGCUUGCAAAUAAGAGUGUAGUUUACAUCAGUAUGGGGUCAUUGCUGAGUGUCACGAAGGAAAUGGCAGAAGCACUGAUUGAAGGCAUACAGAGAACUAACUAUAGUGUGGUGUGGGCUAUGAGAAAGAGUCAAGAUUUCCAACUAAAUAUCGACCCAGAACAAUUUUAUAUAUCAAAGUGGCUUCCCCAGUUAGCAGUGUUAAGACACACAGCUACAAGAUUGGCAAUACUGCACGGAGGGGCUAAUGGUGUUCACGAGAGCCUAAACAGUGGAGUACCUGUAAUAGUACUGCCUAAAAUGGUUGAACAGAUCGGAAAUGCAGGUCGAGUGCAUCACCAUCAAUUGGGUAUACAUCUGAACAAGCAAGGACUCACUGCAGAGCAGGUGUACCAGAGCAUCGUGGAGAUAGACUCUGGAGAUUAUCGAGAGAAUGUAAGGAAGCUUCAGAAGGUGUUCCGAGCAGCUGGAGGAGCCAAGAGAGCAGCUGAUCUGGUGGAGUUCUACUCAGAGGUUGGCUACGAUCAUCUCAUCCCAGCCUAUGCCAAGUACAACUGGAACUGGGUGCAGUACUACAAUGCUGAUGUGUACACUCUACUGUUGGUGUGUGCACUAGUCACUGUCUACAUAGACUAUAAGAUAUUGAAGUGCCUCUACUCUAGGUGCUGCAAGUCAAAGAAACAGAAAAUUGAAUAAAUUUGCAGUCACCAUGUGUUAACCAAUCGUUUCACCUAGAUAUGUACAUGUACGAUCAUUGUGGUAUA